AUGUUAUCGAACUCAUACUAUAUUACGGAGUUGCUUCGAGUGAGAGUUGUGGAGUCAUUUCUGCAUCAAGAAAUAGGUUUCUUUGACAACACCAAGAAGGCCGGAGGGGCUUACCUGGCAGACGUUGUAGCAGCAGAUCCUAAGUUGGUUGCAACGAAUGUGUGUAAUAAUAUGGUGAUAAUUAUUAGUACCAUUUCCGCGUUGACAGCCGCACUCAUUGUUGGAUUUAUUGCAAGUCCGAAGCUGGCAGGAGUGGCCAUCGCCACAUUCGUGUUCAUGGCUCCAGGAGCAGUGUUAGAAUCUCAGGUGACUAUGAGUGGAGACAGCAGCUCGCUAUCGGAGGAAGACAUUGCACGUGGUGAAGUGGACGUGGAUACGACGGCUUACAUAUUAUUGGAGUCUAUGCAGAACAUUAAGACAGUACAAGCAUAUUCUCUUCAGGAACUAAUGUUGGACCGUUACUGCAAGUUGUUGCAUGAAGAGAUGAUUCAAGGAUACAAGCGGGGCGCAGUCACAGGUGCUGCCUGGGGAUUAAGCCAGUUCCUCCAGUUCGCAUGUCAAGCCGUACUCAUGUGGUAUGGUGCCCGUCUUGUUUCCAACGGUGAGUUGGACACCUCCGGUAUGAUGCGCGGUUCGCUGUCGUUGAUGAUGGCCGCCAUGUCUCUGGGAAUGAACGCCAUGUUUGCGGGAGACUACGGAGCGGCCAAGAAAGCGGCUUCACGACUGUACGAGCUCAUGGACAGAUCUUCCCGUGUAGAUUCCCGAGAUGCAAGCGGACAACAUAUUCUGGCACUCAAGGACUCCAUCGACUUAGAAGGCAUCCACUUCCGAUACCCCAUGCGCAUUGACCAGCCCGUAUACAACGGCGUAUCAUUCUCAAUCAAAAGCGGAGAAACCGUCGCACUCGUAGGCGCCUCUGGGUGCGGAAAAAGCACUGCGAUUCAGUUAAUUCAGCGUUUCUACGUCCUGGAUAAUGACGUCUAUUUCAACGCCGUCGGGAAACCCCUAAAAGGCGAAGCCGGUAGCGGCACAAUUAGGGUAGACAACACGCCAAUCGAUCAACUAAAUGUCCAGGCGUGGCGACGGUGCAUCGGCUUCGUCCAACAGGAACCGGUCUUGUUCACCACCAGCGUUAAAGAGAAUAUUGCUCUGGGACGCUUUGGCGAAGACGUCGAUCAAACCGACAUCGAAAACGCCGCAAAAAUGGCCAACGCUCAUAAUUUCAUUGAGCAAUUUGAAGACAGAUACGACACAAAUGUUGGUAAAAGAGGCGGGCAACUGUCCGGGGGGCAGAAGCAACGAGUCGCAAUCGCCAGAGCCCUGGUUCGAAACCCAUCGGUCCUCAUUUUGGACGAAGCCACCAGCGCCCUCGACGCCGAAUCGGAACGCGUCGUGCAAGCUGCCCUAGACCAGGUCAUCGAACAAGGAGGCCGGACUACCAUCGUCAUUGCUCACAGACUCAGCACCAUUAGGAAGGCCAAUAAGAUCGUCGUCCUACUCAACGACGGAAAUGGAAGCAAAGUCGUCGAAAUGGGCACACAUGAUGAACUCAUCCGCAUUCAAGAUGGAGUGUACUCCAGACUAGCUCAACUUGCCAUGUAG